AAUACCACAGAUCAGACCAGGAUGAACCUAGGCCACCUUCAAUCACACACUUCCUGUUUCUAUAAUCAUAGUAUAGGAAGAUCAGAAGAUACUCAGGAAUCAUGGAAUACAACUGGGAAGGUUGUAAUGUUUGUGGAGAGAACCACACCACAGAGUGCUGUCCAGAGCUCGGACUUCUGCCCUCAGAAAUUCAGAAUCCAGCUACCACUAAAGCCAGGUUAACUCUGCCCCACUCCAUGUGUGCCGUAGAUUUAGCCGGACAGGAAGUAGCAGUGGUUGCCCAGAGUCCGAUUAACAGGAAAACCCAGUUCGGCCCGUUUGAAGCCAAAAAGACAACGCAUGAAUUCAAUGAUGAUUCCUUGUUUCUUCUGAAGGUGAUAUUUAGAGAUUCCAUUGUUAGUCUGGAUACAACAAAUGAAAAUGAAUGUAACUGGCUGUGUCUGGUGCGAGCUGCAACUGACUCCAAUGAACAGAAUAUGAUAGCUUACCAGAUGGGAACCAGCAUAUACUACAGCACAAUCAGGGACAUAGUAAUGGGGGAGGAACUCAAGGUCUGGUAUGCUUCUCCAUAUGCCAAGAAAAUCGGCAAAAGUGUCGUACCUGAUGGAGUUAGCAGAGUAAUGCUCAAUAUGGAGGUGAUAUACCCCUCUAUUGAUGAAGUUCAGGAGAGUCUACCCCUGGAGGCCCCACAGGAAAUUCCAACCCAGGAGGAGACAACUCUGCAGGAUAACACUUUAGCCAAUGAGAGCAACCUGAUUCAAUCAGAAGAAGGGGAACAGGAAAUGUUACAGAUGACAAAUCAUGUGGAAAAGACAGACAGAGAGCAGCAGACCACGUCCAUAUUAGAGCAGGCAGCCUCAGAGAGUGCAGCAGUGACCAAGGAGCCUGAGACUGAUGUAGUCACAGAGAGUACAGACCUACCCAAACAUGCCUGUCAGCGCUGUGAUCAGAUUUUCAUCUCGGAGAAUGAUCUGGCUCACCAUCUUAUUCUGCACAUCACUCAAACAGAGGAAAAGCUUAAGCGAGGAAGAAAGCCAAAAAAUCAUAAUGCAGUGAAUGCAGAUGGGGAACCAGAAGAAAAUCCAGAAGAGGGCAGAGAGCAGCCAGGUGAAGAAGAUUGGGAGGAGCUAGAAAGUGAUGACCCCCGUGACCCUGACUUCACCGAAGAUAAAAACGUGGCCUUCACUGUGUACGAAGUCUCGUAUACAGGCCGACCGAGGAGGAGCAUGAGGAGCAGAAGUAAAAUAGACAAAGACUUCCUGUAUCUCUCUAAUGUUAAAAAGACAAGAAGAACUUUUGACAAAAUGGAAUCAUCUGGUGAGAAUUCUUCAGAAGAGACUCAGGGAUCAGAAUUGGAGGACGCAAUAAAAACUAAUGAGGAAAAUCAGAUAGAAAGAGGCAGUAAUAAUCAGCAGGGCAAACCAAAGAGGGGGAGGGGUCGACCUAGAAAGUAUCCAAUCAAAGGGCAAGAGAAUGUCGAGAAAGCUCCAAACGCGGAAACCCGUGAACAACCUACUUUAAUGGAAGGCGUAAAAACCAAAGAAACUGCUGAAGACAAGGUUUCUGAAAUUGCAACUGAUAGUCUGAAAAAUCUGUCUGAGCCAAAAGAUAAACCUGAAAAUGAAGUACCCCUGGAGGAGAGAAAUGAGAAAUAUUCAGCUGUAGACCAUGUUGAUCUUGGAGAAUCACAAGAACAGCCUAAUGAUAUUGUGCCCUCAGUUGUGGAAAUGGAAACAGAAAAUGUCAUUAAUUCAGAAAGUGCAACAGAAAAAAAUAGAGAAAUGGACAAAAUGGCUGUCUCAGAGGAGAUAAAUUCUGAAGAGGAAGCAGGCAAUGGAAAAGCUGUGUCAAACUGCUCCACAUCAGUGACUGAAAAUGUUGGUGAUGUCAUUGAAUCAGAUGGGAACAGCACCCAACUAUCUGACAAUCAGCAGAGUAAGGCAGAAGAGAACUUGAAUGUGACAAAUGAGAAUGAGAAAAUAGAGAUAGAAAUGGAUGUGGAUGAGGUCAUGGAACCUCUUCCUAGCCUUGAUAAUACAACAGUUAUGAGUGAAAUGAAAAGAAUCAAAACUCUGCAGAAACUAAGAUCCAAAUACAAGCAUGUCUGUAAGCACUGUGGGAAACAUUUUAAAAGCAUACAUUAUCUCCGAUUACACAUACCUAUGCACACUGGGAAGUUUGCUUGCACGUAUUGUGGAUUUAACUUUGCCAGAAAGGAUAGUAUGCUUAAACAUGACUGUAAAAUGAAGAAAGUCAUUAAACCAUUGCAAAAAGAUGAGAAAGAGAUAUUUCAGUGUUUGCUGUGUUUGACAGAAAUGGAGGACAUAAAGGCAGCAAGGGAACAUUAUUCAUCUCAUAAGAAGGACAUAAGAUGUGUUGACUGCAACGAAGUGUUCGGGAAACAACAGUUGCUUAGGGACCACAUCUGUCCCAAUGCCUCCGAAAAACUCAUCAGAUGUGACAUCUGCAAAAAUCCAUUUCCUUCCCAGAAAUCUUUGAUGCGACAUCUAGCAAAACACACAGACAUCUUUCAAUGUCCAAAUUGCCUCAAGACGUUUGCUCGAAAAGAUUCCCAGUUGAAGCACAUUUUGGUGUGUUGUCCAGAAAGAGCUGACGAAUACAAGGUUUUUGCCUGUAGCAAGUGUCGGAAAGGGUUUGCCACAAAGCUAGGCCUGGAUAACCACGAGGCCCUGUGUCAACAGGAGAUCUGUGAUAACUGUAACAAAGUGUUUGAUUCUGUAGAUAUGCUGAGGACACACCAAGAGACCUGUAACCAAGUCAUUAACUAUGUAAAGAAAGAUAAAGUUCUUUUUUCCUGUGGCAUUUGCAAAAAGUCGUUCAGGAAUGCUAACUACCUAAAUAAGCACAAGGAGUUGCAUACAGAUCAGUUUGAGUGUAACAUUUGUAAAAAGAUAUUCAGAGCAACGAGAGAUCUAGACGACCAUGUGCGAUUCUGUGAAGCUAACAGUAUUAUAGGUGAGAAAGGAAGCGCAGCAUGUGAAAUCUGUGGGCUCUUGUUUUAUUCAACCAAAGCCUACAAAGAACACUAUCAAAUGCAUACCCAUCCCUAUAGCUGUGACAGGUGUAAGAAAAGGUUUAUCAAGAUAGGGACUCUUCAUACUCACCAGUGUAUACAGGAUACUUCUGUUGUAGAAUGUCACCAUUGUCAACAACAGUUUAAUGGCCAGACAGCACUGAAAGCUCAUAUCAAAAAGGAGCACAGGAGGACAAUACAGUGUAAACUCUGUCUGAAGUGCUUCCAGGCCUAUACGGAAUACGAGACACAUAUGUGUGUGGAUGAAUUUGGCAACCCUGCAGAGUUUGUAGCAGAGAGAGACAUGAAUUUACUGGGGGAUAAACCCAUCUGCCAUGUCUGUGGGAAAGAAUUCACAACCACAAGCAAUCUUAAUAAACAUGUUAAAAUACAUGGUGAGAAAAAGUUAGAAUGUCCACACUGUGGAAAGAAAUUCCAUCAUGAGGAAUACCUAAAGGUGCAUGUUCAAGCAGUUCAUGAGAAAAAGCACAGAUUCCAGUGUGAAGAAUGUGGAAAAUUUCUCACCUCCAAACCAGGUCUUGUCUCUCAUAUUAAACAGUUUCACUCAGACGAGAAGGUGGUGUACCCUUGUUCAGAGUGUGGAAAGGUAUUCAAUCAGAAGGGAAAUCGCAAGAUUCACAUGUUUUCUCAUAUGAAGGAAAAACUUUUCAAAUGUGAUGAAUGUGAAAAAACGUUUAAGUAUCCUGAGCAGCUAAAGAAACACAAAUUUAUACACUCGGCAGGGGAGAAAUUAAAAUGCGAGUCAUGUGACAAAUUGUUUCCCAAGCAAGCUGAUUUAGAUAAGCACAUACAGACAGCGCAUAGUGGACUUAUGUAUGUGUGCAAUAUUUGUAAUUCCCGCUGUGCACACAAACAUACAUUGCUCAGACAUUACAAAAGGAAGCAUCCCGAGUACAUUGUAUCCAGAGAAGAUGGUUUUGUGAAUUCACUGGUCCAGCGAGUAGACAUGGGAGAGGAAACCCCCAUGAUAUCUUAUAGCUAUGUAAAUGACACCAUUAGUGUUCCCAUGGAAACUGUCACCAUCGAUGAAAAUGCCUUACCUCAAGUAGCUGCUGAAGCCCUGAAGAGUUUAUCUGGUACCAUAGUAACCUCUGAUCAACAAAUCCUAUCAGCCAAUGGUAUACAGACCUUGACAUCAGCAGAUAUCAUAAACGUGCCCAGUGUUGAUGGGAGUUUCCAAAUUCAGAAUCUGGUCCAUGACCCCAAUAAUCAAGAUGACCAACAAACUGUAGUUAUCCUUCAAAUUGUGAACCCAGAGAAUGAGCAAGCAGUUGUCACGGAGGAGGUCGAGGUCAUUGGAAAUGUAGUGGAUCUUCCAGAGGUCAAGGACACAGAUCAAGGUCAAUUUGUCGCCUUGACCUAAUUUUUUUGUGUUGAAAGACAAAAUUUUAGGUAUACAUAUAUUCAUCAUUUUCUUCUACAAAUUACUCAUAUUGCAGAAUUUGUUUUUGCAAAACAGUUGCAUUUUAUUGUUUACUAGUUAAAUUUGCCUUAUCCUUAUGCAAUCAGUAAUGAGUUACUACUCAGUAAUUCUUCCUCAAGAUCUUUUCAUGUCGAGACAAUCUAGCUUUAUCAUACAAAAAUUCAGUUCUUGUGAUUAUAACCUGAUUUAUGGUAACUCGGGAAUAGAAAACCAUACAAUGCAGACCAAUUGAUUUACAGUCUAAUAUUUUGAAUUUUUUUUAUUUCGUAAAAUUUAUUUUAUUUCAUGUAACGGUUAACAACAUAAUGUAAAAUUGUUAAAAAAAAUACUGUAAACGUAUUACAUUUAGCGGUGUAUUCUAUUCAGCGAUUUUGGCGGGAAGCAGAGUCCGCUAAUUCAAUUACAUCGCUAAAUAUCUUGUAUAUCAUCUUUUAUAACUAGAAAAUUCAGACAACGCUAAAUCAAAUCUACGCUAACUUGCUGAAAAUUGAAUUUCUGCCAAAUAUGGUACACGCCAAAUGUAAUACAUUUACAGUAUAUAUAUAUACAGUUGAACCUCUGACAGCAUCUUGAUCACCAAUAUCUCAAAUACAGUGGUAAUGCUGAAUUGAUUUUGAAGUCACAAUCUCUUUACUGAGGUAUUUUACUGUGGAAUCAUUGGAUAUUUCAAUUGUAUUUUUUUUUUCUCAGUCUCUAUAUGAAUAUGGUUUGAGAUAAAUAUAAAUGUGGUUUGUGUGUAUUUACAAAAGUAUGAAGUUCAGUUUGUUGAUAGGGUAAAAAAGAAUAGUAUUUUUCAUGUUUUUUGGUAUCAAUAUGCUGCACAAUCACAGAAGAUUUGCGAGUUAUUGUUUGAUUGACUGCUUCUUGCUAAAUUGUUAUGCUUGGUUCAAACUCCUAAAUUUCUAUUUAUUGCAAUGUUGAUGUUAGUGUGUUCUGUUUAUUUAUUACAAUGUAGAAAAUAAUAUACAGAAACUGUUGAGUGUAUACUUGAAAAGGCUUUCUUAUUCCUUUUUGGAACAUGGUUGAUGUGUAAUGAGUGACAUAUUUUUAUUAUCAGUCUCUGUAUGUAAAUCUCGGACUCAUUUUAAAAUCUUGUUUAUGUACAUGUAUAACAGAUAAUGAAACAAUUAUGCAAAAUGUUUUUAAUAUACAAAAGUGAGUAAUGAGGGACAAUUUUGUUUUGUUUUAAAACAGAAGUUGUAAUCUUGUUCCUCUGCAUCAAACAUUAAUACCAAACAAUGCCUCUCUCUCAAUGGCCAAACACAGAUAAUGCAGCUACUUAGAAAUAAUAUUUCUAAACUUCUCACUCUAACUUGUGGGAAAUACUCCUUUCUUAGAUAUUUAAUUUAAGUGUAUUUCAAUGAAAGGGCAAAUAAUAUAAGUAACGUUAAAAAUUUGUGAGGGUGUGAACUGAAUAGUGCUCCUCACACAAGUAUAAAUGUAAAAUUUUAAUAAAGCAUUAUAAAUAU